UUGACGAUUGCAUCCAAAUCCUCUCUCUUCCCAAUUGCAACACUGCCGACGCUCCGAAUCCAUCCUUCUCCAAAGCCGAAGAUGGGAGGUCCGUACUCCGGCGUCGUCUCCGGUCGCCGAGACCGUUCCUACGGCGAGAACGGCCGCUACACCCCCGAAUCGGACCGCUCCGCCGAGUAUCACCGCCGCCUCAGUCCCUCCUACGACUCCUACGACCGCCACGACCGCCGCCGGGAGCCCGAUCGCCACGGCCGCGGCCGCAGCCGCAGCCCCUCGUACGAUCGCUACGACGACCGCCGCGACAGCUCGAGUCGGCGGCCCUGGCGGGUUUCGCCGCGCGACUCGAACUCCAGGAGGAGCCCUAGGGCCGACGGAGCCCUAGAUUCCUUGCCCAUGAACUUCGGGAAGAAGAGAGCUUAUCUCGAUCGCGAUUAUAGGGGCAACGGUAGGUUCUCGGAGUCGGAUUCCGAUGAGGAGCUGAAGGGGCUGAGCACUGAGGAUUACAGGAGAUUGAAGAGGCAGAAGAUGAGGAAAGCCUUGAAGUUCUGUAUCUGGAAUUGCACCCCGAGCCCACCGCGAUACGAGGGGGAUGAAUCGGAGGAGAAAGCAGAGGAGAUUGAUGAGAAGUACGGGGAAGAUUUGGAGAAGAGCGACUCGAGCGAGAAAGAGAAUGGAAAAGAGAAGGGGAAAGGAAAAUCUACGUCUGAUAGCGAGGAGUCGAGUGACAGUGAAUCCGAGUCAGAGCCGAGUGGUUCCGGUUUGAGGAAGAAGAAGAGGAGGUCAAGUUCCAAGCACAGGAGCAGGGAAUUGUCUGGAAGUGAGAGUGAACCUGAGAGCGAGAGGGAAAGUGGUUCUGAUGAUACUGCAUCGAAGAAGAAAAAGAAGAAGAGUAGGAGCUCGUCUUCAAAAGGGAAGAGUGGCAAAGCGGAUGAUACUGAGAGUGAAUUGGAGAGUGAAAGUGAAAGCGAAUCGGAGGAUUCCACUUCGAGGAGGAAGAAGAGGAGGUUGAGUUCUAAAAGAAGGAGCAAGAGAGAGCACUAUAGCGAUAGUGAAUCGGAGGUUGAGAGUGAGAAUGAAUCAGAUGAUGAAGAGGAUAGAAAAGGGAAGAAAAAAUCCAGGAAAAGGUCUAGUAGGGGGAGGAGGAGUGGGAGAAGAAGUAGCAGAAGACGAAGCAGUAGGAAAAGCAAGAGGAGAUUUAGUGAAUCUGAUGAUAGCAAGGGUGAAGAUGGUGAAGCUGAGGAUUCUGAUGCCAAACCAAAGAAGGGGAAGGGCUCAUCGAGAUCACACAAGAAAAGUAGUAGUCGGAGUAAGAGAACUCUUGAGAAUGAUGGCGAUGUUUCUAAUCCGAGUGAGAGAUCACAAUCUGAUCUUGAUGUAAAUGGUGUAGAAAGUGAGGUCAAGGCUGAGAUCAAUGCGGAAGCACUAAUGUUCAAGGAGAUGAUCGAGUCCCAGAAGAAGCCCGCUUUAGAUAACGAGCCGGUGGUUGGUCCCAUGCCACUGCCGAGAGCUGAGGGGCAUAUAAGUUAUGGUGGGGCUCUUAGGCCUGGUGAAGGUGAUGCUAUUGCGCAGUAUGUGCAGCAAGGGAAGCGUAUCCCACGAAGAGGUGAAGUCGGCCUUUCUGCGGAGGAGAUUCAGAAGUUUGAGAGUCUUGGGUAUGUGAUGAGUGGUAGCAGGCACCAGAGGAUGAAUGCCAUUCGUAUUAGGAAAGAAAACCAGGUUUAUAGCGCUGAAGACAAGCGAGCUUUGGCCAUGUUCAACUAUGAAGAGAAGGCGAAGCGGGAGCAUAAGGUCAUGGCUGAUUUGCAGCGGUUGGUGCAGCGUCAUAUUGGGCAGGAUAUUGGCCCUACUCAUGAUCCUUUUGCUGCAAAAGCUGCUGAUGGUCCUGAGGCUUGAUGAACAUGGAUCGGCGGUUUUAUCACAGGACUUUGUUGAUGGUGGUGCUGCGGAGAUCCGUACCUUGUCUGAUCAAGCUGCUUCUCACUCUUCGAUGUGACAGCGUGUCUCUGGACGGGAAUGUUCAAGCAUGGAGUAGCAGCAUACAUCCUACGGAAACGUCUGCUUCACUAGAUUGUUAUAAUAUACUUCCUUUGGCUAUAGCACGGAAGGAAAUAAGCCACUGUCUCUGACUACUUUAGUGUUCUUAACUUGUUCCUCCUGCAUUUGCUGCGAUAGCUAUUUAGCCUUUUGAGUGACGUGAUAUUUUCAUACUACAGUUCAGCAGUCAGCAACAAUAUUUAACACUCCUUCCCUUCUAUGAUUUCGGUGUUCGAUACUCUUA